AUGGAAUCAAUUGAUCAGGUUCCAAACGAUUCAGUGGAUUCGGAGAUGUACAAGUGGUUUCAAAUGGAUGUCAAGGAACUUGAUCUGAGGGGCAGAAGGUCGUAUAACAGAAAGGACUACCUUUGUGUAGAAAAGGCGAUGGCGAGAAUGGUUCAGGAUUGUAUCCUUGGAAUGCAGAGGAGAAUUGGUAAGCACUGGGGCGACUCGGUCAGAGCUGAGGCGAGAGUAGUAGAGGCUACGGGGGUAGCAUUAAAGGCUAAGAAGAAGCUCGAUGAAUUGAAGGCCAGGGUCGCAUGUCUUUAG